UGUGAUACCGAAGCCCCAACACAUAUCCAAGGUGAUCGCGAUCCUGUUUCAGAACCCGAACGGCGAAUAACGAAAUCGGAGAAAAAAGUAUUUAUGCAGAAGUUUAAAAAGGAAUGGUUGAAUACAUCCGGCUUUCAAUGUUUUGAGCAGUAUGAAAAUGAUACCAACUAUGUUUGGUGCAAAAUUUGCCUUGAGAAGCUCAAUAUUGCAAAGGGAGGCAAAUCGAACCUUAGUUCCCAUUUGGGCACCAAGCGCCAUAAAGAAGCUUCAACAAAAAUUGUUACCGACAAUCCAAAAAUCAGUAAACUAACUUCAAACUCAAGCACGGUUUCCGAAGCGGAAUUGAAAAUAAGUGGAUGGGCUGUCGAGAAUAAUAUUUCAUUCGCAGCGGUUGAUAAGCUCACUGACAUGUUGAAAACUCUUGAUCCUGAUUCGAAGCUAUUUUCGAAGAUAUCGUUGGGCAGAACGAAGGCCACCGCAAUAGUAAAUGGAGUGAUUGCCGAGGUUCAACACGACGAGCUGGUGAAAAUGAUGCAAACUUCACGUUUCUCGCUUAUAAUCGAUGAGUCAACCGACAUUGGGGCUGUAAAAACACUGGUGAUGGUUAUCAGGAUGGUAGAAGAUGAUAGUGAUGAGUUAUACAGGGUCAGAGAUUUUCUCUACAAAGCAGCUGAGCUUCACCUUGCUGAUCACAAAACCAUCUACGACACUAUCAUCAAACAGUUUCAAAUCGACGGUAUUUACUAUAAAAAGAAUCUGGUUGCUUUCGGGUCCGAUGGAGCAUAAGUCAUGAUGGGGUUGGAAAGAUCAGUUAUGAAGCUUUUGAAAAAUGAUUGUCCAAACUUAAUUAUCAUAAAAUGCACCUGUCACUCGUUGGCUCUUUGUGCAAGCUACGCUUGCGAAAAGCUUCCAAUGUAUUUGGAACAGCUUAUGCGAGACAUCUACAGCUAUCUCUCAUGCAGUCCAAAGCGUUCCAAAGAGUUUGAACUUGUCCAAAGCAUACUGGAAGUAAAGCCGUUGAAAGUGUUGCAUCCUUCUGCCACCAGGUGGCUUUCAUUGGAAUCCGUCGUUAAAAGGAAUAUUGAACGAUUCUCAGAGUUGGUCAUGUUUUUUUCUCUUCAGUACAAUUGCGAUAAGAAUCAAACGGCGAAUCGGAUUUUAUGCCAUCGUAAAGAUCCAAUGACAAUGGCACUUCUUUAUUUUUUUAAAUAUGUGCCUCCAAUCAUUAACAAAUCAAACCGGCUCUUUCAGUCUGAAACUCCUGAGGUCUGCAACAUGCAUAACGAGCUGAAAUCUCUGUUGAUGAUUCUGCUCGCAAACGUUUGCACCGAAAACUACUUAAAAAACUUCGACAAUGUUAAGAUGAAUGAUUUCGAGAAGCAUCUGCGGAAGAAAUCGGACAUCUAUGUCGGCAUAAAGGCAGAAGAACACCUUAAAUCCAGUUCAACAGACGAAUCAACGAAGGAUGCUUUUUACACAAUAGCCUCUACGUCGAACUGA